AUGUACGGAGAUCUAGGUAACAAGCUCGUUCAUCAUGCGAAACGGGCCCAGAAUCUGGCAUAUCUGCCACCGUACCAGACCGAACUCGUCCGCGCCGUGACGCGCGAGGUGCGCGACCUCGACAAGGACCUGGCCAGCAUCCUGGAAUCCUUCCAGGGCAGUUUCGAGCCUCAUGCCGACGAGGCCAAAUCAUGCACCAUGCUGGUCAACCAUCUCUCCAUGCGGCGCAACAAGCGGUGCCUGCUCGCCUACCACCGCACCCGGACCGACAAGCUCGAGGAACUGGUCUGGAAAGGAGAAGACGUCGUGGACCUCCCCGGCCAGCAGGUGUCCGGGAACCAAGGUGCUGCCGACGCCGGCUCCAGCAGCUUGAGCCCGCAGGAGGAGGAUUACGUUCGCCAGUACAGCGAUCUUCUGGCAGCCUACAAGGGCCAAUGGACCGACAUAGACUUGACCGGCAGCCUGGAGCCGCCGAGGGAUCUCUUCAUUGACGUGCGCGUCCUGAAAGACGCCGGCGAGAUCCAGACCGAAUAUGGCGCUAUCACGUUGACAAAGAACAGCCAAUUUUUUGUUCGGCAGGGCGAUGUUGAGCGUCUGAUAGCACAAGGCUACCUGCAGAAGCUUGGCUGA